CGCUCUCUCACACAUUCGAAAAUGGUAACCAUGUAUGGAAUAUGGUGCUUCAUCACGGUCCUGUUGUUCUCCCCAGUGGCGUUUUCGGAACUGUGCAACCCACAGGACAAGAAAGUGCUGCUCCAAAUCAAGAAGGACUUCAACAACCCUUACCUGCUAGCCUCCUGGAACCCUAACACCGAUUGCUGCAACUGGUACUGCGUCCAGUGCCACCCCGAAACGCACCGCAUCAACUCCCUCGUCAUAUUAUCCUCUGUUCCCCAAACCAAUUUAUCCGGCCCAAUACCACCCUCCGUCGGUGACCUACCUUUUCUUGAGACCCUUCAAUUCCACAAGCUCCCUAAACUCACCGGCCCAAUUCAGCCCACUAUAGCCAAGCUCACUAAACUCAAGGAGAUCUACAUCAGCUGGACCAAUGUCUCCGGCCCAGUACCCGAUUUCUUGGCCCGGCUCACUAACCUCCAGUUUCUUGACCUUUCCUUUAAUAACCUCUCAGGCCCAAUCCCCAGCUCACUUUCCCAGCUGUCCAACCUAGUUUCCUUACGCUUGGACCGGAAUAGGCUCACGGGCCCAAUCCCGGAAUCAUUCGGGUCCUUCAAGAAGCCUGGCCCGAGCCUGUGGCUAUCCCACAACCAGCUUUCCGGGCCCAUUCCGGCUUCCUUGGCCAACAUAGACCCACAAAGGAUAGACUUCUCCAGGAACAAACUCGAAGGCGACGCCUCCGUGCUUUUCGGUCGCAACAAAACGACACAGAUAGUUGACGUUUCGAGGAACUCGUUGGCGUUUGAUUUAUCCAAGGUGGAGUUCCCCACGAGCUUGAUAUCGUUGGAUCUGAAUCACAAUCAGAUCACCGGGAGCAUUCCCGUGGGGUUGACCGCAGUGGAUUUUUUGCAGGGGUUCAACGUGAGCUAUAAUCGGUUGUGUGGUGAGAUACCGCAGGGUGGGAGAUUGCAAAAGUUUGAUGUGUAUUCGUAUUUUCACAACAAGUGUUUAUGUGGAUCACCCCUUACUAGCUGCAAGUGAAGUGAAUUGUGCAGCAGAGAAUACGUGCAUUUUUAAAUAAAAAGAAUAUCUCUUUCUGUAGACAUUGAAAGAUAAUGUCAAGCUUUACUUCCAUCCCUCUUUGUAAAGCUAAAGAACAGGUUUGAAUUUUUAAUAAGCACUUUUUAGAGAGUCACGCUAUUACUAGAUUUGUCUAAGGAGUAUAAAUGGGAAAUUUUAAUCUAGUUUCA